AUGGCUUCGCUACCGCCUGUACGCGCCUGCAUCUUCGAUGUAGACGGCACGCUCAUCAACUCAGAAGACAUCUACACAGAGAUCUACAACAACAUACUGCGCGAGUAUGGAAGACCAGAUUACCCAUGGGCAAUCAAGGCGACGCAGCAAAGUAGAGGCACAAAGGGUACCAGGCGCUUACUGGACUGGGCACAGGUACCCCUCACGCCAGCUGAAUGGUCUGCGAAGGAAAAAGGGUUUACACAUCUCUUCGAAAACAGUAAGGUGCUUCCCGGUGUUGAAACUCUUCUCUCAACCCUCAAAGCAAAGACAUCGCCGCCUGUGCUGCUUUCGUUAGCUAGUUCAGCUGGACAACAGAAGUUCGCACUAAAAACGUCGCACAUACCCGCUAUCAAUGCGGCGUUUGAUGAUCCAGCCUUCCACGUCUUCGGCGAUGAUCCGGAGAUGUCUGAUAGCAAGAAGAAGCCAGAGCCUGAUAUCUUUCUGCUCGCUUUGAAGAGGUUGAACGCUACUGAGACAGCACGUGGUGAGCGCACAUUGGAGCCUGCAGAGUGCUUGGUGUUCGAAGACUCAAUUGCCGGUGUCGAGGCUGCCAGAAGAGCGGGUAUGCGGGUCGUUUGGGUGCCACAUCCAGGACUUGCGGAGGUUUGCAAAGGGCGGGAGAUAGAUGUUCUUAUGGGAAGGACAGAGGAAGAUGGUACUGUGCCUGAGUAUGGAACGCCAGUAGACGGAGAUGCGAAGGGUCCUUUAGUCACGGAAGACGGUCGGUUGUUGUCGGAUGAUAGGAUGGCGGAGCUGAGGUACAGUCUAGAGGAGUUUCCGUACGCUGUGUAUGGUAUCAAUAUCGCGAAAUAG